AUGAUGACUUGUUCAUGUGGAAAAGCAUUUUGUAUUAAACCAACAGAUCGUUUCUAUAUAACUUUACCAAUGUAUCAUUCUUCUGCUGGAAUUUUGGCUACUGGGCAGGUUUUGACGAAAGGUUCUUCUGCUUGUAUUCGCUCAAAAUUUUCUGCUUCAAAUUUUUGGCUAGAUUGUAAACGCUUUGACUGUACAAUUUCUCAAUAUAUUGGGGAAAUUUGUCGUUAUCUUCUUUUACAGCCUUAUAUUCCAGAGGAAAGAACACACAAAAUUCGGUUAAUGUUUGGAAAUGGUCUCCGUCCUCAAAUUUGGGAACAAUUUAUUGCUAGAUUUGGAAUUGAAAGAAUUGGAGAAUUUUACGGCAGCACAGAAGGUAAUUCAAAUAUAAUAAAUGUUGAUAACCAUGUCGGUGCUUGUGGUUUUAUGCCUUUAUAUAUGACUUUUGUGAGUAGUUUAUAUCCUCUUCGUUUGUUGCGGGUUGAUGAAAAUGGACAGCUUUUACGUGAUGAAAAUGGAUUUUGUAUUAGAUGCAAACCUGGGGAAUCUGGAGAAAUUGGUGCCGCUGUCCAUCCAAACAAACCUUUACUUCGUUUUGAAGGUUAUGUAGAUCGUUCAGCAUCAAAAAGUAAAUUGAUUGAAAAUUGUGAUCGAAAAGGGGAUACAGUCUUUGCUAGUGGCGAUAUUUUGUAUUGGGAUAAAUAUGGAUAUUUAUAUUUUAAGGACAGAAGAGGCGAUACUUAUCGUUGGAAAGGGGAAAAUGUAAGUACAACAGAAAUAGAAGGGUUACUUCAUUCUGAACACCAAUAUAUUGUUGAUACGUCUGUUUAUGGGGUUGAAGUACCUGGAAGAGAAGGACGUGCUGGGAUGAUUGCUAUCGUAUUGCAAGAUGGAACUGAUGUUGAGGAAUUUGCAAAUAAAUUGGCGGUAAUAUUUACUGAACAGCUUGCCUCUUAUGCCAUACCCGUAUUUCUUCGAUUUUGCGAUGGAAUUGAAAAAACUGGCACUUUUAAAUUAAAAAAAGGGCAGCUACAAAAUGAAGGUUUUGAUUUGGAAAAAUGUUGUGGUAAUCGUUUAUUUUAUUGGGAUACUUCUUUACAAAAAUAUAAAGAAUUGUCUAAAGAAAUACAAAAAGAUAUUGAAUCGGGAAAGUUUUCGAGUAUUUAA